CUCUGCAGACACACUGCUGGUACAUUCCUAGCUGAUGAUUCAGGAUCAGUCAGAGAAGAGGGAUCUCUAUAUAUACUGUCAGCAUCUGAAGACUUGCUGCACAUCCAGCUGACUGCCAGGAGCUCACACUGCACUGACAGCCCCAGAGAUAUCCAGUGAGAAAAUGAGAAUGGUUCCUCUAUCGUUGCUGCUAGUGGCCGUUCUGCUCAACUUUACAGGGGCUCUUUUACCCCCUGAAAGCCUGAAAAAAAUCUCAGAAGAGGGAAGAAAGUACAUUACUGAACAGUUUGAGAACGCUGUGAAUGGAGUCCGACAGAUGAAAAAGCUCAUGGAUCAAACUGGAGAAGAGCAUCAGAAGAUCCUUCGCACGCUGGAAGAGACCAAGAAGAACAAGGAGGAUGCGUUGAAGCAGGCUCUGGAGUCCGAACAGCAACUCUCCGAGACCCAGGAAAUUUGCAAUGACACAAUGCUGGCACUGUGGGAGGAAUGUAAGCCUUGCCUCAAACAGACCUGCGUCAGGUUCUACUCCAAGACCUGCAGAAGCGGUUCGGGGCUGGUUGGACGUCAGCUGGAAGACUUCUUGAACAGAUCUUCACCUUUUGCCAUUUGGGUCAAUGGAGAGAGAAUUGACACUCUAAAUAAGCAAGAUGAGCAGCAACAUAUGGCACUGGAGGAUCUCGAAGACGGCUACAGCAUUGUAGAAGAUAGCGUGCAUGAGCUCUUCCAAGACAGCAUGAAGGCUUUUGACCACAUGAAGCCAUUAUUCAGCAAACCUUUCCAUGGCUUCAGUUUUCCCCAGUGGGAACAAUUCCCCUUCCAGAAAAUCAGCACUCCGGUCUCUGCCAUGCGUAUCCGCAAGGAACGCUCCCCUCUGUUUGAACCUUUUUUCACCAGCAAUUUUGACUCUCUCUUCGAAGCUGCUCAGAAAAUGAUGGAGAAGCAUCGCCAGAUGAUCCAACAGGGACCCCAAUUCGAUGGGAUGAAUAAUUCUACUGAUGACAAAACAGUAUGUCGGGAACUCAGGCGGAAUACUGCCGGCUGCUUAAGGAUGAAGGACAAGUGUGAGAAAUGCAAGGAAAUCCUGGCAGUUGAUUGUUCAGGGAAGAAUACGAUGCAAGAAAAACUGCGAGAGAAAUUUGAAGACUCUGUUCGCUUAGCAGAGAAGUAUACCACACUGUAUGAUGAUCUGCUACAGAGAUUCCGAGAGAAGAUGCUGAAUACCACCGGACUCCUGGAGGACCUGAGUCACCAGUACAGCUGGGUGUCCAAGCUAGCCAACCUCACCGACAAUGACCUGAAAGGAAUCUUCCAAAUGUCUACAGCCUAUUCCUCCAGCGGAGGUGCUCCAUCUGACACCACUGUCACAGUCAAACUUUUCGACUCCGAGUCUUUCACCUUCACAGUGCCUGGACACAUCAGCAUGGAGGAUCCAACGUUCGGCGAACUGGUGGCUGAGGAAGCUUUGAAGAGAUUUAAGAAAGAAGUCAUUGAGGCUGCCUGAUUGUACAGAGUGGAAUCUGGCACACCUUAAUCCACAGCCGUUUCCAAUCCAGUUAGAUGUUUAUUGUGCCGUUCCUCUCCCAAUUGCCAGCAAGGCCUAGACAAGCAUCCAGCCGUUCUCCAUGUUCAGCGCACAUCUCCUCUUACUACUGUUGUACUGCUACUACUGGUACUAAUGUUUGCUGCUUUUUUUUUUUGUAGGGACCAAAAAAUUUACAAAAACAAUUAAAAGACCUAAAUGUUA